AUGACUUCCCAGGCUCUAACGUCACCAACGCUCCAGGAUCAAGAAUUCCCAGACAAUUCCAUUCUUAAUGAUUCCGUUCUCUGGUUUGGAGAUCAUGACAUUUCUAUAACUCCAAGGCCUCCCAACAUAGACGAACAUAGUCAACGAAUUUGCAAUGAGUUUGAUUCGAUAUUAUGCAGUCCCAGCUCGUGCUUUGAAAGUAUAUUACCUGAUCAUCUUGUCCAGGAUAAUGACAGCGUUUAUGAGAGUGUGCUAAGGAAAGAGCUUGAAACUUUAAGGAGAACCAAUGAAAUAUUUGACAGGAUCAAUGACAAUAUGGAUCGAGCAAGCGAAAAUCUAAAAGAAAAGAUACGUAUAUUAGAACAAGUGAGGGAGAAAGAACGAUUGGAACAAUUGGCGAGAUUACAACAAGAACAAUCAGAAAGAGAACGGCUAGAACGCGAAAGGAUAGAGUGCCAAAAGAAAGAGGCUGAGAAUCGAGAAAUGGCUGCUGGUCCACCUGGAAAAA